AUGGCCAUCUCUCGCGACCUGCCAGCUGCGCAACAUCCCGAGUUCUGUUUCUUUCGAUUUUCCUGGGAAGAAGGGGCGUGUCGAAAGGUUCUUCCAAAAGUUUAG